AUGAGUACUCUGAGCUGGAAGUGUCGUGGCUUGGGCAAUCCACGAACAGUUCGAGAAGUUGUGGACAUAGUGUCCCAUAAGAAGCCCGACUUUGUAUACUUAAUGGAAAAUAAGGUUGGGCGGAUAUAUGCAGAACGGCUUCGCAUCAAACUUGUUUUUGAUGGUUUAUUUUAUGUUGACAAUGUGCGUUUGAGUGGUGGAUUGGCGCUGUUUUGGAGAAAAAAUAAUACUGCUAGACUUUUAAGCUUCUCUAAGAACCACGUAGAUGUUGAGGUUAUUAUUAAAGAUGACAUGAUUAGGCGCAUGACCUGUUUCUAUGGUUUCCCAGAGCGUAAUAGGAGACGGGAUUCAUGGGCUUUACUUGGUGUGUUGAGUAGCAGAUCAGCACUGCCAUGGGUUGUGAUAGGGGAUUUUAAUGAUCUCUUGUUUCAACAUGAGAAGAAGGGUGGAAAUCCACAUCCGAACAACCUCAUACGCGGUUUUGGGGAGGCGGUAGAAGAGUGUGGGCUGAUGCAGUUACCCAUGCGAGGGCAUCAGUUUACCUGGGAAAAGAGUUGUGGCACUGAAAACUGGAUAGAGGAGAGAUUGGAUAAGGUUCUGGCAACAUCAUCCUGGUGUGGCGCUAAUGAGGGGGCUGGUGUGGAAAAUAUUAUGACGCGGACUUCGGAUCACUCGGCUCUCUUCCUCAAUGUUAAUGCUAUGAACAUGCAAAGGGAUAGAAGACGGAGGGGUUUUAGGUUCGAGAUGGCCUGGCUCGUUGAUGAGGGGUAUGCAUCUGCUCGUAAGAAAAAGAACUCUAUCACUAGAUUGAAGAAUGAUGAUGGGGUUUGGGUGGAAGGGGAAAAUAUGAAUUUAAUUAUCCUGGGGUACUUUAAAUCUAUUUUUGACUCUAGUAACUUUAUGUGCAAUGAUCUCUUAUUUGAUAAUUUUGCCCCUCGCGUGUCUCCUGCUCAAAAUGAUGUCUUAUUGCGCCCGUUUGAACCUGAUGAGGUCAAGUUGGCUUUAUUUUCUAUGUUCCCUGAUAAAGCUCCAGGUCCGGAUGGAAUGAAUCCGGGUUUUUAUCAGCAUUUUUGGGAUGUUGUUGGGGCAGAUGUUUCUGCCUUUAUUGUUAACUCCUUAAAUUCGUGUGCUUUCCCGGAAGGAUUAAGUGAUACAAAUGUUAUUUUAAUUCCUAAGAAGAAUGUGCCAGAAAGAGUCUCAGAUGUGAUACAUAUUGCUUUGGGGAAUGUGUUAUAUAGAAUUAUGGCAAAAAUGAUAGCAAACAGAAUGAAACCACUCAUGGGAGAAGUAAUAUCAGAAUCCAUAGUGCCUUUAUUCCGGGGAGAUUAA